AUGCGACAACGGCGAGGUGGUGCAGGCCGGGGGGGGGGGCGGGACGGCCAGCAGCUUGGCAGCGACGUCUGGCGGGGCAGGCCGACGUCUGCCAGGGCGCAGCGACGGCGGCGAGGUCGGCGUUGUCCACAUUACGGACUCCUCGGACAAGACAUGUGUACCCAUUACCUCUUCCUCGUCCAACAUCUUGUCCCCCUCUUAAGGCUCCUUAAGGUUUUAUAUAAAGAAUCAAUCAAUCUCCGUGGCAGGUUCAUGGUAAUCACUCACUCUGAGAAAAAAGAUAUCCUUCAAUUCAUUAAGGUGGCAGGGUUGCGCUUGAUCUUGGUGAACUUGGAGGUGUCGGAGAGGAUGUUGUCUAUUUUAAGUAGACUCCUCAAGACCUUGGCUAAUGCACUAAAUUUUACAGUGCAAAUCUCUAAACCACGAGAUGGAGAAAAGUGGGGACGGCGAUUGUUGAAUGGCAAUUGGACAGGUGCAAUGGGAGAAACCAUGAGAGGAGAAACGGACAUAUCUUUCGCCAAUUACUUUAUUACUGCUGAUCGACUUCGAAUCAUAGACAUGACAAGACCUUACUACAUAGACUACACUUGUUUUAUCACACCAAAACCACAACCUCUUCCACAAUAUUCAGCUGUUUCUUGGCCUUUCACGGGAAUGGUAUGGGCCGUAGUCCUAGUCACCUUACUAAUAAUACCACCUGUGGUACUUCUAGCAGGAUUUCUAGAACCGGGGGAGUGGUUUCGUCACAUCAGCAAUGUAGAGUUUUACGUCGUUGGAAUUUUUCUUACCCGUGCCCAUCCACUGCACCUUGUACCUUCAUCAUCAGGAAUGAGGAUAUUAGUCAUAACUAACUGGAUAGCCGCCAUGGUGCUCGCUGUAGCCUAUAAAUCCUCCCUAAUUGCUUUUCUCACUGUACCUCUUCAGGCCUCACCAGUGAAUACACUCGAGGAACUUUUGUCUUCAGGCCUUGACUGGGGUGUGCGAGAUCGCGGAGGUUGGGAUGAAUGGUUCAGCAACUCGCUCGAUCCAACCUCAAGAAAAAUUGCGGAAGGUUUCCAGUAUGUUGAAGGAAUCGAAGGUGGUUUGGCUCGCGUUAUGGACGGAAACUUUGCAUUUAUGAAUUCCGGUACAUUUCUUCGCUACCUAGUUGCCAGCAGUUAUACGGACGAGUUCGGUGAGACUAAGCUGCACAUCGCCAAGCAAUGCUUCGUUCCAUUCAGGUAA